AAUCAGGCCGCUCUCGUGGGCAGCCAACGCGAGGCUGAGCCGAGCGAGCGAGCGCGGACCGCGUCGUGCCCUGCGCUCAGCCUCCGCCGGCCGCCGAACAAUACAGAGUCAAGAUGGCUAAAGGUGACCCGAAGAAGCCGAAGGGAAAGAUGUCUGCUUAUGCCUUCUUUGUGCAGACCUGCCGUGAAGAACAUAAGAAAAAGAACCCAGAAGUCCCAGUCAACUUUGCAGAGUUUUCCAAGAAGUGCUCAGAGAGGUGGAAGACCAUGUCAAGCAAAGAGAAGGCCAAAUUUGAUGAAAUGGCAAAAGCUGACAAGGUACGAUAUGAUAGGGAAAUGAAGGAUUAUGGACCAGCUAAGGGUGGCAAGAAGAAGAAGGACCCAAAUGCACCCAAACGACCACCGUCUGGCUUCUUCCUCUUCUGUUCAGAAUUCCGUCCCAAGAUCAAAUCUACAAAUCCAGGCAUUUCUAUUGGGGAUGUAGCAAAGAAGCUUGGUGAAAUGUGGAACAACCUCAGUGAUGGUGAAAAGCAGCCUUACAAUAAUAAGGCAGCUAAACUGAAGGAGAAGUAUGAAAAGGAUGUUGCAGACUACAAGUCUAAAGGAAAGUUUGAUGGUGCAAAGGGCGCGGCAGCCAAAGCUGCUCGGAAAAAGGUAGAGGAAGAAGACGAGGAGGAGGAGGAGGAUGAAGAGGAGGAGGAUGAAGAAGACGAUGAUGAAUAAAACUGUACAAUACUUGUCUCCAUGUGAAUACCAUAGAGUAGGGGAAACACCAUAAAUGCAGCACCUCUCACUUGAGCUGGUGUCUGUUGCCCUCAUUAGGCUUAAUUACAAAAUUUGGAUUCUGAUCGCAUUGUAGUUUCUAAAAGUGCUCUAGAAAUUGUAACUGGUUUACAUGAAGUGGCCAUGGGUGUUGGUGAGCACCCUGAAACUGUAUCAAAGUUGUACAUAUUUCCAAACAUUUUUAAAAUGAAAAGGCGCUCUAGUGUUCUCCUCACUCUGUGCACUUUGCUGUUGGUGUAACAAAGCAUUUAAAAAUGUUUCAAGCAUUUUUUUAAUUUGUAAGGUGGUGUUACUAUAUGGUUAUUGGCUAGAAAAUCCUGGGUUAUAAACUGUACAUAUCUAUAGUUUGUAAAAACUAGACAAAUUCUUGUGGUACAUGCUUAGAGCUAUGAUGCCUUAGGGAGCAGUGAUUUUUACUUUGGAAGGCUGUCCCCUUCCACAGGGUGCCAUGGCCCGAAGCAUGCACUGUGAGGGUAGAUCUAUUUACACUACAGUGGGCGUCCAUUUAGCUUAAAGUUGUCUUUCUGUAUAUAGUGAAAUAGCAUUCUGCUGCCAUUCUUAGUUGUGGAAGGGGGUUCAGCUGGCAUGAGAAGUGUAUGGAUUUUUUUAGUUAAGUGCGGUAGUUUUUAAACUGAAACUGUAGACCUCUCUUCAUUGUCAACGAAGUGAAGAGCAAGUGCAGCAAUUGAAG